AUGCAAGGCGCCAUACCGGGCACGAUCCAGCUAAUCGAUGUCGACCAUACGGUAGAAGCACGUCAUACUGGGAAUGGAGACAUCGUCUUGCAGCCUACGCCUUCGAACCAUCCAGAUGAUCCUCUUAACUGGACACCUCGCCGCAAGCUGCUUGCAUUGAUAUGUCCGAAUCUAUACGUUUGGAUGUGUGGUAUUGCACAGUCGAGCAUCUACUCCGUGAUCGUCCCCCUCUCUGACGCGAAUGGAAUCUCAGUAUCAACCCUGAACGAAGGCACCGGAUUCAUGUUUUUGCUCAUUGGAUGGAGUCAACUCUUCUGGCAGCCCUUUGCGCUCACAUACGGAAAGCGUCUAGCAUACUUGAUCUCCAUCCUUGGUGUCACAGGCAUUACAUUAUGGAGUCCUCACGUCAAAAACAAUGGCGAAUGGAUCGCAAGAAGCAUCCUACUCGGUUUCUUCGGCAGCCCAUAUGAUGCUCUGCCUGAAGUGUCUAUCGCUGACAUCUACUUCACUCAUCAAAGAGGUACAGGUCUCAGCAUCUACGCGUUCUGCGCUUUGGCUAGCAACUACUUCGCGCCUAUCAUCUCUGGCUUCAUCUCGGAGCGACAAGGCUGGGAGUGGGUGUUCUACUGGCCCGCGAUCUUCACGGGAACAACCUUCAUCUUCCUGUUCUUCUUCUUGGAGGAAACAAACUACGACCGCGUUAUUACUGGCACGGCCAUUGUACCUGGUCGACAAGGCUCUGUCGACGAUGUCGACAACCCCAAGGCUCAGCCACUAUCAGCUAUCCAAACCACUGCAAGCGAGGAGCUUCGCGUCACAGCAAAACCCAAGACUUUCACGCAGAAGCUCUCCCUCUGGAAUCACUCCCAGAAUGGUACCAUGCUCAGCCAUCUUCGCAGCAUCACUCUCUAUUUGACAUGGCCCGUUGUUGUCUACACGGGCUUCUCAGCUGGCUCGUACCUAAUAUGGUUCAACAUCCUUAACGCCACCGCAUCGCUUAUCCUCAGCGACACACCGUACUUCUGGGGCGCUGAAGCCGUCGGUCUUAGCUACUUUGCACCCAUGAUCGGCUGUGGUGUUGGCAUGCUGGUUGCAGGUCAUUUCAGCGAUCAUCUGACUAUCAAGCUAGCGCGCCGCAAUAAGGGUGUGUCAGAGGCCGAGUUCCGCUUGUAUCCGUUCGUCAUCUGCAUGGUUAUGGUGCCUGCGGCGGCGAUUCUGUGGGGUGUCGGUGCGGCGCAGCAGAUUCAUUGGUUUGGUCUACUUGUAGCGAUGGGCAUGUUGGCUUUUACGACGUGUCUUGGCUUCACACUGAGCAUCAACUAUCUGAUCGACAGCUAUCCUGCUGUAUGCGGAGAUGCAAUGGCGGCCACAAUCAUCACCAGAGAUACCAUGAUGUUUGCUGUCAGCUAUGCGAUCACCCCCUGGAUUGAGAGUAUGGGCUACCGGAACUGCUUCAUCACCGCUGCCUUUGUUGGUCUGGCAUGCGUAUCAACAUUCUUGAUCAUGGCCAAAUGCGGCAAAGGUCUGCGCAAGAGGAGCGCAGAAAAGUACUGGAGCAUUGUUGGCGCUGGCGGUGGCCACUAG